AUGGUAGCUAAGAAAUAUCUUGAAAAAGCGACUGAUGAUGUUUAUCAUCUUGUUCCAAUCGAAGUUAUUGCUGAUGGAAACUGCUUAUACCAUUUUAUUGUUCUUCUAAUGAAUAAUCUAGCAGUAACGACAAGCGAAUUACGAGUUCGGACGAUUAUUGAACUUGUGCUAAAUGAAAGUUAUUACCAAACUAUGUAUUCACAACACGUCGGACCUAUUGACAACGCUAUCAAAGCUAUUUGCAAGAAUUAUACAUUUUCUGAAUUAUAUGAAAUAGCAGCACUAUGCAAUGUACUUCAAUGUGAUAUACGAAGUGUAUAUCCAAAAAGUGAUUUUCAACAAUAUAUGACAACUUGGGAUAACGUCUUUACGCCUGUUUCACCUAUUAUUGCUAAUUGUAACAUUGUAAUUAUGUGGUCACAUGCCUUGAAUGAAAAAGAUGCUCGAGAGGCAAAUAAUGGCACAUGGCGUCCAAAUCAUUUUGUUCGACUCAUUUCACCAGCUAUUCAUAAUGAUUCUAUCAAUGGUAAUCAAUCAACGUCACUGCCUGUUGUAAGUUAUUCAUUUGUAAAUAAAAAUUCGACAACUUUGAAAUUUAUUUAGACUCCUGAAAAAAAUACAUUUAAGAAUAAUACUGUUAGUCAAAUAAGAACUCCUGUAUUCCAGUCUUCUCCUAAUUAGUAGACGUUUAUGAACUGAAGACAACAUCGGGAAUAACUUCACUCAACCAAUUAUUGCAGAUUCAAUGGACAAGGAAAAGAAUGACAAAAAAGAACAACGUCAAAAUCGACUUGAGAAGAAAAGAGAACAAAGUGGAUCGAGUCGAAUAAAUGAAACAGAAAAACAACGACAGAUUCGACUCGAAAAUGAUAGAGAACGAAGUCGAUCGCGUCGAAUGAAUGAAACAGAAGAACAGCAUCAGAUUCGACUCGAGAAGAAGAAGGAACGAACUCGAUCCAGUCGAACAAAUGAAUCAGAAGUACAGCAUCGAGUUCGACUUGAAAAAAACAAGGAAUGAACUCAAUCCAGUCGAACAAAUGAAUUAGAAGAAAAGCGUCGGAUUCGACUCGAGCAACAAAGAAAACGAAAUCAAACGAAUAGAGUUAAAAAGAAACUUGAAAAACAGAUACAUGAAAAUAUUGAUAUUGAACAAGGAAAUACCGGGAUGCAAUUCUCCAUUCGUCCAUCUUGGCCUGAACCGAUUCCUCGUGACUUGAAAGAAACUCGUUUGCAACAAUUUUUAGAACAAAUGUCCAUGUCAGUACUGGCUGAAGAUACGUGUGCAGUUUGCAAUGUCCGUACUCCAGCAAAAGACUCGAAGAAAAUACCAGUCUCAAAAAUUCCUAAUAUUCAUUUACUUAAAGUUUUUGAGAAACUCAAUUAUUUAAUUAUAAACAUCCAAUCACCAUCAUUACAACAUUCAAGAAGAGACGCCGAAAUCUCCAU